GUUAGAUAUUUGUCUUGCAGCUUCAAAAGAGAAAUAAAUCACUCGACUCGAAGAAACACUUGAUAGUAAUUCUCUGCAAGCAAGACUCCCAAAAGUAGCAACACAAGGGAUCCCAUGCAGAAAAAACUGUCUCAAUAUAACCAAGUCAACACUCUCAGUCAACGACCACUGAAGUCAACUAAAAGUCAGCGGCCCUAGCGCUUCACCUUCUGACAAAUCGAGGUCCCUUCCACUUUCUCCUGUGUGUGUGCGUGUGUGUGUGUGGUGUGAGAGAGAGAGAGAGGGGCGAUGGCGCCUGGAUCAGCGACUCCUUCUCCAUCACGACCCACUGGAUUUGUAGUGGCCGAGUCGCAGGCUCAGGCGCCGGCGGUGAUGCCAAUUCCUGUCAUCCCUGUGGCCGUUCCAGGAAGUUCGUCGCCAUCGCUGCUGCUGAUGCAGAGGCAGCAGCUGCCAAUGCCGGCGGCGCUUCCGACAACCGGGGACAGUCGAGUCAUGACCGAGGAUCAGCUCGCGCAGUUUGCCGAACAGAUCAGGCAGUUCUCAGAGAUCUCUCGCUUCAGCAUCCAACGCCAGAAAGCGAGCAUGGACGCUGAGAGGCAGCGUCGAACUCACAAAUCUGGAUUCCGAGGCUCGUCCAGCAACACCGAACGGCCACCCGGAGCCACUCGGCCUCGCUGGAAACCAACGCCUGUCCAGAUAUCAAUCCUUGAGUAUAUAUUUGAGAACAGCGACUUACUUCCAGGAGACAAGGACAUCACCAUCAUCACCGACGGCCUCCGGCUUUAUGGGCCAGUCGAGGAGGUGAACGUCUUCUACUGGUUCCAAAACAGGCGAGCUCGGGCCAAGAGGACUGCAAAUCAGGAGCACCACCCAAAGGUCAGGAACUUCGAUCCUGCAAAAACUUUAGAACCAUUUGAAAAGCUGUAAAAUGAUCUCACCAUGAAGCUCGUUUCAUUGUCGCGAA